AAUUAUUUUUAAUGAAGGAAUAUGUGCUAAAAUAAUUUGCAAUUUAUAAUGGUGUUAGUGUUAAAAUUAAUUUUAGUUUCAAUAUGUGCACUAGGGAUAACAGCACUCGAAACUGCUGACCUUCCCCAAGACAACACUUCAAACCAACCAUCUUCAAAAUCCUGGGAAGAAGACAUCAUCCAAAAUCUUCCAGACUGUCCCCAAUCCCGAGAUGAGGACUCCACCGUCACUGCCAAAUCCAUUACUACAAGGAUUUCAGGAACCCUUGCCUAUCCAGGCACCACACUACCUUAUCCCUCCAACUGCAAACUGAGUUGGCUCUUCCAAGUGGAACCAGGAUACGGUAUAGAUGUCACAGUCGAUUCCUUGGACUUGGAUGGCCAAGCUGGUGAUGUAUUGUUUAUUAGAGGCGGAAGGAAGGAUACUGUUAGCAGUAAAGGAGUUAUGUUGAGUUGGAAGUUGGAUGAACCUAAGAAGUUUGGUAUUGGCAAUACUAAUGAGUUGUUUGUGCUGUUUGUUGCUAAAAAUGUUAAGGCGGGGGGGACGUUCAAGGGGUUCCAGAUGCAGUAUCAGAGACAUGGUGAGUUAACAACAACACAAGCACCAACCACAACAACCCAGCCUUUGCCCACUUCAGCACCAGGAGGGGCUCGUCCAGACAUUCUGGUAAAUCUAUUAGGCUCGAAUCCUCAAGACUUUCAUAAAAACCUCAAGAACUUCACCACAGUUCUGUCAGAGUUUACAAAAACUUUCUGCAAUGACCGCAACAUCACAUCCAAGGAUCCUAUCACGGAAAACAAUAUAGUGAUGAAUCUAAUAACUUAUUGUCCAAGAUAUUGGCCCAAUACAGACAACUGUGUCCAGAUACGAUUUUCAAUACCAAUAGAGCUGCAAAAUGACGCCAAAGAUGCCAACGCGUCAAAUCCCAAUUAUGAGCUGUCAGAAAUCAAUUUAAUAAAAUUGUGGAACGGUUUUUCAAAAACCGAGUUGAAGAAGUUGAAUUACAAGGUCUAUGAUGACCCUGAUGAAUCGUAUUAUCUGUCUUUGUGGAUGGGAGUGACCUUAGGAACUUUAAGCAUUGUGCUGGUGGCAUUUUUGGGCAUUCUUUAUUGGAUUUGGAGGACUUCGAUUUCGAAAGAUUAUGCAAGCGUUGGCAGCAACAGCAACUCCUUAUCCUCGACCUACCGUUCACCAGCAGCCUACGAUUUAGGUUUAGACCCUGGUAAAAAGCGUUCCAGCGAUUCGUCCUUGUACGAAGAUCCUCACCAGGUUGUUCCUGGAUUUUUUGAGGAGUCCGUUGAAAGAAGGAACCAAAACUAUCAACAUUCAUCCAUUGGCAGUGUUGGGCCGCCACCAACUUACGGAUCGAGGACUUCUGAUGAGACAGAUUGGUCUAAUUCUAACAAAGGUGCUGUUAAUGAAGCAUAUGAAGCCGAGGAAAGGCCAGGAAAUAAAUCAAGAAUGAAUAUUCCUUCAAAAGCUAGUGCUGAACUUCCAGAAAAUUAUUGGGACAAACUGAAAGGACCCAUUAGGAUUAGUGGAGGCAACAACGAUGAGUCCAAAAUAUAAAAAUACAUGUAUAUUGUAUAAAGUUGUGCAAUUUUUAUCGCAAUUUUAAAGUAUACUGAGU